AUGGCACAUUGGGUGAUUUAUGGCACAGAGCUAGAGGAACCUGACGAUGCGACGAGUUCGUUUGUUUUUGCAGUAUUCGAUCAUAUUGUGUUAUUAGUUCUUGCAACAUUUGAUCCUUUUGUGACCUUGACCAAUAUGACUGUCAUUUCAGAGAGUGUAAGUACUGUUAGACCUCUUGGAAUUCAGGACCAGGUGGUAAAAGAUGAAAAGGGGCGAAAGCGUUUCCAUGGAGCAUUCACUGGUGGUUUUUCUGCUGGAUAUUUUAAUACUGUUGGUUCUAAGGGAGGUUGGGUACCGAAAAAGUUCCGAUCAAGUCGCAAUGAAAGAGGCGAGAGAAUUGAUUACAAACCAGAGGAUUUCAUGGAUGAGGAGGAUUUGAGCGAAUUUGGAAUAGCAACCAGACGAAUAAAAACAUCGGCAAAUAUUGGUGGAGAUAAUAAUGAUGGAUAUAUGCUAGCAUGGGAACGAAAUAUGCAGUCUUCACUCGAGUCAUCACUUUCGCUUUAUCUUCAAAAAAUUAUUAAACCAACUAGGGACUCAGUGGGCAUACAAUUGCUUAAAAAGAUGGGAUGGAGGGAAGGAUAUGGGAUUGGAUCGAAAAUGUCACGAAAAGCAUUGGAGAAACAGAAGCUGAAUGACGACAGAACUCAUAGGAAAGAAGAAUUUUACAAUGAAGAAGCAGUGAGAGAAGCAGAUGAAAUGGCACCAAAUUUCUUAUUUGCACCAAGCGACUUUGAUCCGCCUAUUUUAAAGUCCUCUGAAGGCGUUCAUGGUUUGGGAUAUCGCGGGAUGCAACACACUUCUGUGCUGUCUGAGAAAUACGGCAUUCUUGAGACUGCGCUGAAAGUAGAGAAGAAAGGAAAAGGUAUCUCGGGACAAGCAUUUGGUGUUGGUGCUUUUGAAAAUGACGAUGCAAACAUAUAUACGAAUUAUGAUCUUUCCCAAUAUGAUUUCGCGAUUGAUGGCAGUGGAACAACGUCCAAUGUAUCAUGUAGUGCAAGUGACACAAGCUUUGUAAUAGCAUCCAAACGCCAACUUGCAAGACGCUUUUUCGAGCCACCGCUAAUCCCACCAAACUUUAUUCCGCGACACACCCCCAUCCACCCAAAUAUUUCUCAGAUGCCUUUGAAUAUCACACAGUUCAGGGAAAGAAUGAAUCAUUUGCAACGUGCAAAGUUUUUGGGCGAGAUUGAUCCAAAACCAGUCUUUGAACUGGUGCGUGAUGAAGAUCGAAAGAGACUGGAUGUUCCGCAAAGCGAAGAUGUAAUACAAAAUGCAUUCGAAGAGGAGCCUAUGAAACAAGCACGAUUUAAACAGUAUGUGAAUUAUUUGAAGCGAGGAUUACACUAUCCGCAACCAUCCGAUAUGACAAGGUUAGAAUGGGAUCAGGAACUACAUGACUUUCAAAAUUUGCUUCCUCCUGAAUUACAACCACUUAUAUUGGAAGUUGAAAAACAACAGAGACCGCUAGCACGCCCAGACAUAGCAGCUUCCAUAGCCGAUGUUUUAAAGUCGAAGUUUAUUUCUACUUCAAGUUCCUGUUCUGGCAAAAUGCGAGAGGUGCAGAAAACAGAAGGUGACAGACGAUUGGCAGCUGUAACGAUGAAAAUGUUUGGUGUAGAGACUCGAUCAGUUCAUGUGUGGCACCCUGCCAAACAGUUGGCAAAACGAUUCAACGUUCCGGAUCCAUUUCCUUCGUCUAAUCUCCUUGGUGUUCCAUGCUUGCAGAAAACAGCAAAGACCGAAACACUGGCAAAUCUUGGUGCUCAUAUGCUAUCAUUUGAUUCAAUGGCACAGGAUCCGAAUCAAGACGGAAGCAAUUUAGAUCAGAAGCCAUCAGAAGAAUUUCUGAAAGCUAUAUUUGGUGACAGUAAUGAAUCUAGCACUGAUACCGAUGAGGAACUACAAGACAAUCAGAAGGCUGUAAUGGUUCCAUCAAAGUCCGGGGACUUCCUUGAUAAUAGAACUGAAGAUGAUAAGAAAUCUUUGAUAUUAACAAAAGUGCUCACAGUGAUGGACAUGGAUUUGUCAUCCAAAAGAGAUGAUGAUAAUGAAGAGUUCGGACCUGCACCUCCACCUCCCACAUCUUCAUUAACAGUUGAUUUAAGGGCAGAUAUCAACUCAAAUAAAAAAGGCAAGUUCUACUUUAUGAAUGUAGUUGAUACAUAUUAGCCAUUUUAAACCAAUCCUUAGUUUGCGCUGUUUCAAC